AAGGGCCAGGAGGCCAGCAGGAAGACCAGCUCUCCGCGGUGAGUGUGUGUCCCAUCCCCGUAUCACCAUUGCCUCUACUUCGGUUGAGACUUGUGCUCUAGGUUCUGAUACUUUCUCUGGCUGCCAAGGUUGUCAUUAGGUCCUCACAUCUGAGGAAAUGGUUCCGCAGCCUCCUACCACUUGCCCCUGGAAGCCAGUCCCUUCCCCUUGUGACUUACGUGUCCAGGGUAUUUGCCCAUCUUCCUUCCCUGAUACCCCCUUGGCACAGGAGGAAGACAGCGAACCCCUCCCACCACAGGAUGCCCAGACCUCUGGGUCACUGUUGCACUACCUGCUCCAGGCAAUGGAGAGACCUGGCCGGAGCCAAGGCUUCCUGUUUCAGCCCCAGAGGUUUGGCAGAAAUACCCAGGGAUCCUGGAGGAAUGAACGGCUGAGUCCCCGGGCUGGAGAGGGGCUGAAUUCCCAGUUCUGGAGCCUGGCUGCCCCUCAACGCUUUGGGAAGAAGUGACAUGUCAUCCCUUGAUAUGUCUGCAUGCAAGGUCCACACCCAAAAGUGUCAAUGUUUGCCCCCCAAAUAAAAUUGUCUGGCUUCUGAA